AUGUCGAAAGAUACUCCAGGUAGGCCGAAGCGCAGUGUCCCAUUCAACAACAUCAACGACAUCAACAAGGCCAAACCUGCUACUGGCGGAAACCUUUCACAAUCUCCCACACCAUCAACAAACCCCAUUGAGGCACUGGGGCAAGAUCUUCGCGACUUCAUGAUCCGUAGUAGCGAGAAAGGUCGUGAUUAUGACUUCUUACCUCGGGAUGCGCUGGAAAGACUCCUUAGUGCGGAGAGAACUACCGAGGUGCUUGCAAGGGCUCUCGCUCUCGGCUCUCAAUCCCAGACAGAAGCAAUCAACAUGCACAACUCGGCACACAAGGUGAACACAAGCGACCUUUCCAAAAGAAUGGAACUUGUCGCCAUCUUGAUCCUCAUCGGAAAGCUCGAAACAAUCCUAGACUUCAUAGCAGAAGGUAUUGAUGACAAUAACCUUCCCUUUGAGCUAGAGCGAGGUGCCGCGCAAAGGAGGACAUUGCACAAGAGGGACUCGAAUGGCCAAUUGAAGUCGGUCAAUCUAUCCUCAUCAUGGGAUAACAAAGACCUUGAGGCCUUCGAGGCCCAGCAAUGGAAGAUUCAUGUUCCUGUCUUCAGCGAGGUCGGGAACAGCGCAGGGACACCUCCGCAUUGGGAUCUUGGUACAAGAACCGUCCUGCCUUACCGAUCUAGCACUUCUAUCGGGAGAGGUGGGUUCAGCGCUGUUAGCAGAGUUGAGCUACACCCCGGCCACUAUAACGGCGUCAAAGACAUGGCCAAGUGCUAUGCCGUGAAGACCUUGGUCGACCCAACUGAAGACGCGUUUCGGGAGGAGGUUUCCAGCCUUCGGAGGUUCAGCCACAAAGAGCAUCCCCACCUUAUCAAGCUUCUUUGGACCUUCUCACGAGGCCCAGACUAUCAUCUCGUGUUUCCUUGUGCGAAGGGAAACUUGAUGGACUUUUGGAAGGAAAAUGCACAACCCCAUGCUAGAAACCACGACCACGGCACAGCCCUGUGGGUUGCGAGGCAGUGCCUCGGAAUCGCUGAGGGUCUCUGCAUGAUCCACCAAGACACCCGCCGCGCAUCAUCGGGAGGGACAAACAAACGCCAUGGCCGGCAUGGCGAUCUCAAGCCAGAGAACAUUCUAUGGUUUGACAGCGAUGACAACCAGAGAAAGGGCUAUAAGCACGGAGUAUUGACGAUAUCGGAUUUUGGCCUCGCCGACUUUCAUGACACGAAUUCCAAAUCUGGCAUCAAUCCUCGUCUGAACAACGUGGGAGUGUCACCAACGUAUCGAGCUCCAGAGUACGAUGUGCAUGAGAAGAUUGCGCAGAACUACGACAUCUGGUCUCUGGCUUGCGUUCUUCUUGAGUUUCUCAUAUGGUAUCUGAAGGGCUGGGACGAGGUCCAGAAGUUCUCGAAAGCAAGGACAGCGGAACACAAUAAUCCAUUUUUUCCCGAGGACACAUUCUUCAACUAUUUACAAAUAGGUGGUGGAAGAAAUGGGCCCCCACAACCGGCCGCGGAGGCAAAGCGGUCCGUUUACAAGGCGUUCCGAGACCUUUACGAAGAUGAAAGCGCGUCCGACUUUUCAAAUGACUUGGUGGAACUUGUCGAGAAGAAGCUACUCCGGCUUAACCCGAAGGACAGAGCGAGUUGUACUGAAAUUUACGACGCCUUCAAAAAGAUCUACGACGACUGCGAAGCAGACAGUAACUAUUGCCUUCAGAUGCUCAAGAAGCCUCCCGGACGGAAGGAGACCAGUCUGUCUGUGUUGGGGCCUGUAGCGGUUGACAUACCAAAGGAGGGAGAGUCAUCUCUUCCCGGGCACAGCAUGUCAUCCGACUACACUUCACCCGGAUUUUCACUGGCCCGGCGUACCUCUGUUCCAGCAAUUCAAGGAAAGCCAAAUACAGCAGCAGUAUAUCAUUCUCCACCCGGAGUCCAUGCGCCAGGUUCCCUCCCCAAUUCGCAACCCAUCCCGAAGCGUGGUUUUCAUGGCGCAGGUGAUUACGUGGCCCCUGCAACUUGGACAAAAUCUAUAUCAGACUCACCCGAGGACUUGGGAAGAAAGCUCCAGGCAGGCUCAAGUCAACAGCAAGCGCCAGGCCAAAAGACAAGCGGCUUCCGUACCCCUCGCAUGUCCAGUGACUCGGCGGAUGGAGAUCACAGUGUCAGUGAUCUGAGUCUUGGGAGCAGGGACGAAGAUGAGAGAAGCCAACUAUCAGAGCGUGAGAAUCUCAUUAAUCCAAGUCACGAGCGUGAUUGGCUUGAAGAGGAUACAAACAGUAAAACGGAUGUUUUGCAGCGAAGAGGUGGAAAAGUGGCAAGGGUUUUAAGACAAGUUUAUGACGGACUUUGGAUGAUGAUGAAUUGCAACAUGUAG